AUGAUAGUGUAUAUUAUAUAUCAUAUUAUAAAAAUUUGUCUUUUUUAUGUUAUAGGAUUUUCACAACCAGCAUUAUCAAAUCAUCCAGGUCGAGCAACAUUAGUAUCAGGACCAAAACGACAAUCAAUUAGUCAAGCUGUUUCAAUGAACAAUCGGUUAAUUACAUCUAGCACAACAACGGCUUCAACACCAUCAUUUAGUAAUAUUGAACAUAUUCGACGUUAUUCAUUAUCACGUACACAUUCUGAACAACCGUCAAAUAAUGUUAGUGAAGCAUCAACGCCGUCUUCAUCAAGCCGUCGUACAUCAGUAUCAGAAACUACUGAAGGACUACGAAGAGAGAGUAUAAAAUCUAAUACAAAUAUAAUUGCACCUAAAAGUUUACGUGAAUGGCAUGAACAACCAGUAAAUCUUAGUGAACAACCACCACUAUCUGAAAAAGUCAAUGUUCAAAUUCUUUCACCAAAUAGUGAUCGAGCAACUCCUCGUUUUUUUGUUGACAAUGAUCUUGCUAGUCUUGUUGUACCAAAUGGAGAAUCGAAAUCUGAGGAAAAUUCUACAAUUGAAAAUGAAACAAGAAAAAAUUCAUUAAACGAAAAUGAAUAA